AUGGAUAACUCUAAUGUUUUCAGCUUGCGAGGAGACAAUCAAGUGAGUAAAGAGAAGCCUCCACCGCGAGUGUGUCCAAGGUGUAACUCAGACAACACUAAGUUCUGCUACUACAACAACUAUAGCAAAUCUCAACCACGCUACAACUGCAAGAACUGUCGUCGAUUCUGGACUCAUGGUGGAGCGCUAAGGAACAUACCGAUUGGUGGAAGUAGCCGUAAAUCCAAGCGUGCAAAGGUAGACCAACCUUCUGUUUCUCAGGUGGUUUCUGUUGAGAUCCAACAAGUUAAUCAUCACCAACCUCUCUUACAUGUUCAAGAAACCAACGAGCUUGUUGAAUCUUUUGGUGGCUCUUCUUCUACUGUUGUUUCUGUUGGGAGCAAUUUCGGUUCUUUGCCUGAAACUCAUGGUGAAAUGGUGCUUCCAUUUCGAAGUCUUCCACCAAUGGAUCGCUUAAAUUUCUCUGUUGGAUCGUUUCAGCAAAAUUAUUACGCUGUUGGAUCAAAUGAUUUGAUAGGUAAUCCUUUGAUUAACCAAUCUUUUGGUAGACAUGUUGAUAAUUUCAACGGUUAUCGCAUAAAUCAAGAGGAUCGAAACAAGCAGAAUCAGAGCUUCGACAAUAUUAUGAACAUGAAUCAUAAUGGCGCCAGCACCAGUGGAAGCAUAGGAUCUUCAGGCUCUAAUUACAUGAACAUGAACAACAACAACAACAUCAGAAACAACAAUGUGUUAAAUUCCUUAUUACAUUUGGAGAAGCAUGGUCCUUGA